CGUGGUGCACCAGUUUUAUAUACGGAUUCAGGAUUUCAGCUUUCACAUUUCACGUGCACCGUAUAAAAUUUAUAUUAAUUACAAAGUUGAAAAGAAAUCUUAGGCUACAUCUGUUGUUUGUGUCGUCGACAUAAUACUAGUAAUUAUUUUCAUAAUGGCCAAACGUAAUCAGUUAUCAAAGUUAUCUGUCGACAGCUUUCUCCAUUGUCACCUAAAAAAGUCAGUAUUGACAUGUUAUUAUUCCAUCGAUGAUGGUUGAUGCUACACGAUAUCUUAUACGAGUGUUAUACAACCGUGUAAAAAACUGGGUAAAAAGUUAUGGUAUCUUUAAAGAGGCCUUGGAGGUGAAUUAGAUGAUAACGCAUUAUCUUGUUUGAGGAUAAGAAAAAAGAAUGUACGGUUCUGUGUUCGGAUUUUAAACUAUGGAUUACUUUAAAAAAGGAUUAAGAUGAAGAGCCACUGCUCAGUUCGAUUCCCGUAAUUUUGUGUGGGAGAGCUCUUGUCACGACGUCAUAAUGUACUGAAAGCGCGUUUCGUCAGUUGCCUUGAGCUAGCCGAUUCAUCCCUCGUUACAUGGACUUGCGACGAUUGGCUGACGCGCCAGGUACAUGCUCUCUGGUUGACGUCAUGAACACCACUGACGUCACGGACCGUCUAGUGUUCCCCGAGAAUUGGCUGGUGGAAUAUAUUCGCUCGAUGGAAAGGAUUUUCCGUAAUCGAGCCAGAGACGAGGGACCGAGCAGACUACCAGAUGAGAAGCAGGGGUUCAGAUGCAUUACCUGUGGACUGCGUAUUCUCUUAACCUGGCUGACAAGCACCCACCUUCCCCACCUGUUUACAGAGAGACACCAUCGCCCACGUUCGGCAGAGGCUCAGUCUUCGACACUUGCUUCUCCACCGUUCCUACUACAGCUGAUAGUAAUCUGAAGAGUGAAGAAUACAACUUUGCUGUUGCAGAAACGCCGGUGUCCCUAAACAUUGUACCAAGUACGAGUGUAGAUACUUCGUAUACAGCUAAUGUGAUAGUCGACACUCCAUCUGGUUCCUCUGUAGCAACUGGAAGUACUCCUAAGACGCUACCAGAUUCCGAAAUGCUAUUACUUCAACAGCCUCAGGACACUUCGUUCACUACAUCUGGCAGCCUUUUGGUUCCAGAGUAUGGUGUCCCAUUCUCAGAAGAAACUUUCUUUGGAGAAGAAUUCAAGUUUCCUCCUAUAGAUUUUAGUGAUACCGUCGAGAGCCUAGGUCCACAGCCAGACAACAGCACGAGCUGUUUUGGCGACAUUUUCCAAACAAAUUUUUCGGAAGCAGGUUGUGGAAUCAAUACAACAAACUUAUCUUGUCUUUCGGAUCCUCCUUCUUCGAUCACAGUUACUGCGUCCAUGUCCCUUCCUAGUUUUCAGGAAACUUAUUCUCCUAGAUACCGUCGUGACGUCACUCAACAAGAAGUAUUCUCUUUCAAAGAUGAGGACCUUCCCCCACAAAAUCUGGAACCCCAAAUACCACAGGAAACGUUUAACGUUCAAGAUGUUUUAGGUGAUCCAUCAAACAAUACGUUGCCACAAUAUUCCACGUUUCCUCUAACACAAUCUGCUGAAACCGGGGUUGCUUUCUACAAAAGUGAAUGUGCCGAUCCUACAACAUUCAGUUCGUCAACAGUACAGCAAGAUCCAUCACAUUUCAUCCCACCUCCCUAUUCUUGCAGUCAAGGCACGAAUAACGAUCCAGCUUUCCAACAGAUGACGUUCGUGCAGCAUCAAAAAACUCCACCCCCACCUUAUCAACAAACUCAUUUUCCUUCCUCACUUCAUAUGCCUCCUCUAGUGGAGACUAGCAGCUUUUCUUCAAAGACAAUUCAAUAUCCUCAUCAGAUGGCACCAUUUCAUCAUAGCAUAACGCCACAGCUGCCAAAUUUCGCCAGAAGAGGUCGUAAACGGCCAUCUCUAACUAUCCCUAGCCCUCUACCGUUAGAAACAAGUCUUGGAGGACGAUUGCAGACUCCAUCUACUCCAACUACACCCAAAUCUACGUCCAGCCGCUCUUCCUCGGGGGAGUCGGCCCCCUCCCCUUCGCAGAUGUGUGCUGUUUGCGGAGAUAACGCUGCCUGUCAGCAUUAUGGCGUAAGGACAUGCGAAGGAUGCAAAGGAUUUUUUAAGCGGACUGUUCAGAAAGGAGCAAAAUACGUUUGUCUUGGAAACAGGGAGUGCCCUGUGGACAAACGUCGCCGGAACCGCUGUCAGUUUUGUCGCUUCCAGAAGUGUUUGGCUGUAGGAAUGGUGAAAGAAGUUGUAAGAACGGAUAAUCUAAAAGGUCGGCGUGGUCGCCUGCCUUCUAAGCCUAAAUCUCCACAGGAGUCGCCACCAUCCCCACCUGUCAGUCUGAUCACUGCACUGGUUCGGGCACAUGUGGACACAACUCCUGAUAUUGCCAAUCUUGAUCAUUCAAUGUUUCGGGAACCUUUUGAAGCCGAUAGCCAGUCAACAGAUGCUUACAAAGUGCAACAGUUUUACAACCUGUUGAUAUCAUCGCUUGAUGUUAUUCGCAUGUUUGCUGAAAAGAUACCUGGGUUCACAGAUUUAGACAUAAGUGACCAGGAGUUGUUGUUCAAAUCAGCGAGUCUGGAAUUGUUCGCCUUGAGGAUAGCUUACAGAUCAAAGCCGGAAGAUGAAAAGCUUACGUUUUGUAAUGGUACGACCCUCCACAUGGAACAGUGUCGUCGGGGUUUCGGGGAUUGGCUCUCGGCUAUCAUGGAUUUUUCCCAAACUCUCUACAACAUGCAGCUUGAUAUUUCUGCUUUUGCCUGCUUAUGUGCCUUGACUCUUAUAACAGAGAGACAUGGACUCAAAGACCCUCAAAAAGUCGAACAACUCCAAAUGAAAAUCGUCAGCUCCUUGCGAGAUCACGUGACCUACAACAGUGAAGCCCAGAAAAAGCCACAUUACUUUUCACGGAUCUUGGCUAAACUACCAGAUCUUCGUACACUUAGCAUCCAAGGGAUUCAGCGUUUGUUUUAUCUAAAGUUGGAAGAGUUAGUUCCGGUGCCUCCGCUUAUAGCCAAUAUGUUUAUGUCCAGUAUACCUUUUUGAGCAACACAGCAAGAACCUUUAAAUAUAUUCGGUGGAACAUAUUCUUCGGUGAUCUCAGUGAAACAAGUUUCAAACAUGUUUUACUAAUGUUAACACAUAAAGAAAGACAUGUUAUACAUGAAGAAAAACCGGAAUGGAACUGAAAGAAAGAGAAGAGUUUUUUAUCGUAUGAAAACAACAACAACAACAACAACAACAAACAAACAAAGAUUACAGGAAGACGCUUAGGAGCAUGUACAAUCAUACUGAAGGAGGAACGUUCAUUUUAAAUAGUAGAAAAUAAGGCUUUAAAAUCUUUAUUAAAAAAACAAAAAUUAGAAGAACAGGACAUUUUACACGUAGUCAAAUCGUCUUCCGAAGUGAAUUUUAUGAACGUUCUUCCUUCGCAGACGUAUUGGUCAAAGAGAUAAAAAUAAAAAGAUUCUAGGGAAGAGGGCGCUUGAAUUUCGCGGUCAUUUUUUAGUCAAUUUCUUUGACUAAUCACCCUCGGAUGUGCUUUUUUAAAGUUGUGAUCGACGUGCUAGUCAUUUAAGUGAAGUGUAGUUAAUCGUGCAGAUAAGUCAAAUGGUAUUAUGACAAUUAAAAAGUUAACACGUACUGAUAGUUUAUUUUUCUUCUGUUUAACACGGUUUGAUAUAUUUUUGGCUAGUGUUGAAAGCUUUCGUUUGAAUGAAGGUACAUACAUACAUAAAACACAUACGCUAAUAUAUAUACAAAAAUAAUGAAUGUUUGAAACAUUUUAACAUAAUUUACAUAAGUCUGACCGUAAAUUAUAAAAAGCAGUGUAACUAUGUUGUUUUACUUCACAAUAAAAUAGCAUAAAAUACUGACAUAUUUAACAGUUUUAAAUAAAGAUAAGUGUUUAAUAAAUCCCACAUACUCUCGACCCAAGGUGCUAAUAAUACUUAAAAGAACGCGCAUAACCUGACAGGAUUAUGUGUGUUUUACUGGUGUGUAUUACUUUCCCGUAGUGACUAUUUUUUUUUUACUAGAGUAUUGAUCUAUUUGCCUUUUGUUGACAUUGUAUAGUGUUGAUUCUGUUUUAGAUUUAUUGUUGAAUAGUUUGAUUUUUGAAGUGUUUUGAUGUAAAAAUCGUUUAUUUUAAUGUAUGUUUUAUGUGACUGAAUACAAAUAUUACGUGCGAAGCACAGAAACUGAAACAUGGUCAUUGAAACCACCAAUCAACAAACACUGUUUCUCACGAGGUUCUAGUCUACGUCAGCUUGUCUUUUUUAAAAUACAAUUUAAUUAAUAUUCAAAAUUUUUCAUAUUUCAUUUUCUAUUUGAAACACUUUAAACAAUAUUUUUCUCGGACAUAAGGAUAGUAAAGUGUAAUGCCAUAUUAAUUAUACAUAUAUAUAUAUAUACAUCCUUAUUCGAGUUUUAUCUUCACCAUAGAUACUUAUACUUCUACAUUCCGUGUAGAACUUUUUUCAUUCGUCUCAUAUGUUUUAUUGACAAUCAGAUCAGUAAUGAUUAUUACUUAUCUCGAUAUAUCCUAAUUCAAGUUCUCUAAACUUCUUUCAUCGGUAAUAAUGAGUUCACUGCAUGAAGAACACUAGAUAAUUUCCCAGAUUUUCAUUCGACUCAACUGAACACACAUAUAUGUAUAUUUAGAUUUUUUGAAAAUAAUAUUUAUCAAUAUCUCAUAUAUACAUGAAGCCUAUAUCAUAAUUGGCUUAGAAAAAUAUUUCGGUUUGACGUUUCCAGUUUUCUACUUAUCGUAAGCCUAUGUACAUUACCUUUAAAAUAUCAACCUAUCAUAUUUAAUAUGGAUCUAAGCUAUAAAAGACACGUAGUUUGUGGCGUUUGAAUAGUGUGAAUACUUGAUAAUCCUCUUGGGAACACACUCGGUCCACAUUUUACGAAUUCUAGUAUCACUCUUUGUUAAAAUAAGUUUAUUAUAUCUUCAAAAGCUUGCUUAUUAUUUUUUCCUCUUCUAAAAGAGUUUGUUCAAUGGUAUUUAAUUGGACAUAUAUAAGAAAAAUAUCAUAUCAUAAGAUUGUAUAUAUAUACUCUAAUGUCUGUCUUAUUGUCUAUUGUUCUGUGUCAAACUGUAUAUUACGCAAAAUCUUCAAGAAGAGUGCUGAUUGUGAGGAUUGCUUGUAUGGAAAAUAUAUUGUGUUAUACCAAUA